UUUGGCUCCGGCUGGAGGAGGAAAAGUCGAGGGGACUGUGGGAGUCCCUCAGCGCGCAGUUCGGGAGGUGAGGUCAGGCGUUUCCCCUUUGGCUGGCCCCACUGUCGAGUGUUUUUUUCCCCUCUGCAAACACCGAGAGGUUUAUUAUCGUUCUAUCAGAGGGGAUAGUAGGCUACACGUUCGGGUGGAUGCACACGUACUCGGUGCGCUGAGCAAAACACGCACGGUGGUCUAUCUAGGAAAAGAGUGAUGGUGGACAAUUCCAGUAGCAGCAAAGCGCAAGUGCCCAGCUUGUCUCAGGACAGCGGUCUGGCUGGUGCAUUUUCUCAGGUGGCUUUCGGAAGUGCGGCUGGAGUCAAACUGGAGGCGGUUAUGGAGCAGCUCCAGAGACAACAACAAGUUAAACUGGAGAUGGAGCGCAAGGAGAGACACCUCAGGGAAGCCCAUAUUCUGUACGCCCAGCAGCUGGCUGCACAGCAAGCCAUCAUGGCCUCCGCCAGAGCUCAGGGCACCCCAUUAACCCCUGAUUUCUACAGCAAAAACUCCAGAGACAGAGCGCUGAAAGGCGACCAGGGGCCUCAAACUGCCAGGGGGCCCAUGAAAACUGGCUCUGACCAAGUACAUGAGGAAGACGCUGCUGAUGAGAUGGACAGAGGAAGAGGGUCCGAGGGGGACGAAGACGACGACGAUGAGAUGAUGGAUGGGGAAGACGGUAGCGAAGAAGAGGAAAGCGAAGGCUUGGAGUUCCUCAGGAAGCAAAGUCUUGCGCUUCAGCAAGCGUCUGUCGGAGUUCCUCCGUAUACGUUCCCCGUCUAUGCCGCAUCGCCAUCCGCUGCUAAAAAACGUCCCCUGUCGCCGACCACUAAAGUGAAAGACGAACCUGAAGACUCCCUUCCCGACCAACAAUCGUUCAGCACACCAAACGGACUGGCUGAUUGGAGCCUCGAUGACUCAUUCAAACAGAAUGGAAAUUCAAGUUGGAAUGAGGAAGGCGAGGGUGGGAGAAGCCGAGGAGAGGCCUCCAGAGACUUUGCCAAGCUUUAUGAACUGGACAACGACCCACAACGGAAGGAGUUCCUCGAUGACCUCUUUGCAUACAUGCAGAAACGAG